UUUGUUAAAUUUAGAGUAACCUUGUCUUGAGAGAGGAAAAUUGAGGAGCUGUAAUAUACUAAUCAUCAAUUAGGGACCACAAAGAAAAAGCUUCAAGUUUAAUCCUUUGUGGUUUCCUUUCUCUGUGUUUAUUUUUCAAGUUAUGUACACAGAAGAACACAAAAAUGACAAGGAAUGCUUUUGAAUAUCAAGAGGCUGGAAUAAGCAAGAAACCAAAACUGAAUUUUAAACAGUACAAAGUUAAUUUGAUCUUCCAAUGUUAUUUAAUUUUAACCAUAGAAUUUGCUAUUUAAAUUUAUCCCCUCCAUUUUUCUGGGUAUUGUGAGCUAAAACAAACAAUUAUCACAAAAUGCAUGGUAUACAAUGGUUUGAUUCACCAAUGUGGCAAAGGCCUUUCACUGUCUAUCCAUAAAAAGGGAAAUAGUUUGUAAACUGUAAGACAUUCUGCAUCUUGAGUGUAGACUUAUUCAUCCAUGUGAAAUUAAAGGUUACUUGAAAUAAAUGUGAAAGAUUUAUAGGAUUUUCAGACCCCUGAUAACAAUUACUAAUGUGCUGAUUUGUUGUACUUAAAGGUUAUGAUUUUAGCGGAAAUAGUGGAAGAAAUUUCUGGACCUGGAAUUUUGUUGCAAAUGUUUGUUUAAAUCAGUUUAAGUCAGUUAAAAACUCUCCUGUUUCAAGAUUACAUGAUUACCACACCAGAACCUUUUGUAUUCUAUAUUAUGCACCAUGUUAUGAUUAUGGUUUCAAUAAUAAAAGGUGCUGACUCAAGAACUUUCCAAAAUAUCUCUACAUACAAAGAAAUAGAUUGUGGUUAUGUACUCCAAAUAGCAGGUCACAUCAGUCUUCUGUAAGGAAGUAGCAGAAAUUUCUGUGGUGGUUUUGGUGGAUGGAGAGAAACAUCCACCAAAACCACUUUAUUCUAUGUGUUAAGAGUUAUGAUAAUCAUUAUGAACGUUUGGUCGGUCAGCAAUUGUGCACCAUAAGAAAUAAUUAGCCAGAGCACUAACUGCUAAUUAGUGGUAUAAAUCUUUUGUCUCCCUGAACAUCUAACAAUGGCUAUAGAUAAAAUUUAAAAAAUAUAUUGUUGAUGGUUUUGGUCAAAGUUUUGGUGGAUGUUCCCUAAUGACAUCCACCAAAACUACGUAACAUCUAAGCACCUUUUAAAUACGUGAAAUAUCUGCAUAAAAUUGCGUAAAAUGUUUUAUAAUACUACAAUCGAACAAUAAAUUAAUACUUACCAUUUCUUUAGUAAAAAGUUUUAACGCAAUUUCCCAAACAAAUAAUACACUUGGGUCAUCGGGAUAAGUCGGCAUGUUGUCGUAGCUUCGUAAUUUUUUUCCAUCAUUCUAUCUCAGUCCCUCUCGACCAAGGUGGUUUUGGUGGAUGGAAUCUAAUGCUGACCACGCUCACAUCACUAUUUAUUCAUAUAUAUAUAUAUAUAUAUAUAUGAAUAAAUAAUUUUAAAAAAAGCUAGAGAGCAAAUGAGCAUUUUUAUUCUGGUUAAAAUCUUAGCGUCUUUCCAUCUUUUUAACGAUCUGGGUUUACAUAAGUUGAUAUUACAAAGAAAGAGGGAAUGCUUUUCAUGAAGGCCCCAGAAAUGGCUUUUCUAGCUUUUAAUUAUAAAGUUUUCAAAAGGGCCCUUCCUCUCAAGAAAUUCCCUGCCCUUAACAUCAUGAUUCUUAUGCAUGAAAUUAUUCUGAUGCCCUAGUGCUGGGGAACGGUAUUGCUUCAGAAAAAAUGAGACGCAUCCCAACUACCAAUAAGAUAAUAACUACAUACUCAACCCCUACCAAACAGUUUUGAGUUUGAAGCAGGAAGAGAAGGAUUCCCUUUUAUUCCUUGGCAUUCCUGACAAAAUUCGGGUCCUUUUGCAGAAAGGUAAGAGAAAUUUUCAGUACUUUCCAUUUAUCCAUUGAAAAUGUUCUGUUAGUUAUUUUAUGCUCUUCCUGUCAGCUUUCCUAAAUGCAUUUGGCUCUUACGAGAAGAGUCGCAUAGUGAAAUUUUAUUGGAUACAUUUAUGUUUUUUUUUCUUGUACGCUCACUCUUCUCUCGUUACUUUUAUUCUUUUGAUGUAAGUGAAAUUAUGCUCAACAAAGGAAAAGAGGAUAGAUGUUCGAAUUAAACUGAAAACUCCAAUAUUUGAUUAGGGUAUAGAUUUCACGGGGCAUUCAGGCCUGAGCACAAAUACAACAUAAUCUUGGCAGAUAGAUAUCACAAUUUUUUAAAAUGAUUUGGGCAACUUAACCAAUUUGUCUUUAUCUUUUAAUUAGAGAAAUGGUUUUAGGAAAAGUUAUCACUUUAAUGAAGAGUUGCUUUUUUAUUACUUUUGAAAGAAGAAACAUGAAGAGGUGUAGGCGCAAGAAUUUGUAUUACCAUUUUUUGUUAGUGUUGGUGUUUCAUAGUUUCGUGUUAGGUGUUUAUUUUCUCGUCUUCCAUUAGUGUCCUUUGUCAGUUACCAGUUUUGUACUUGUCAUAUUUAUUUGCAUAUCGUAUAUAUAUUGGUUGCGCGUAAUUUAUUUGGUUAGUUGUCUAGUUUGUGAAAAUUACCGUUACAUAUCUAGCUCUGAGUCUCAUGUUUUCGUCUUUGGUUUGGUCACAUUCGUCUUGUAAGUAUCCUUGUUUAUUUCGCUUUGUCGUUUUCCGGUACUUUCACUCAUACGAUGUAAGUUACUUUAUGCUCAUUCGCGUGAUUGUAAUUUUGUCAUUUUCAGUUACCGUAUUCAACAAUGUGUCAAGUUUGUUCUAGUAAAGUUUGAAAUACGAGUGAUUAGCGUUUGCGGCUAUAAGAGGUAUCGCGUAUCUCAAGCACGUCUUUUCGGAAACGGCUGGUCUUAUUUUCAUCUUUCUCUGUAGAUUUUGGGACGACCAAACCAUUUACCCUUUCUUACGAUAACAUUGACAGACGAAAUUGCAAUCCUGUAACCACUUGACCUUUUUUUUCAAACUUUCGGAUCUCCAGCGUUUUAAUCUGCGCUUUGGUUGCCUGAAAGAAGGUUUUUUACAGGAUGAAGUUUGGGCUCGCACUUUACUUUAUCAGCAUGCUGCUGAUAAUUCAACCUGACGCCAUUCUGAGCUGUGACACAGCAAAUUGGUGGAAAAGUCUUGACAAGAAAGGUUGGUCUGUAUGUCCAAAUGAUCGUACUUUCCUCAAAGGACUCUGGCGAAAUGAUCCAUCGGGGAACAACGGCCUUUGGCUUAUCGAGGAAGGAAAAUGCUGCGGAGCUAAGGAACCAAGUUAUGCUAAUCAACCGUCAACUUGCACAAACGCAAACUGGUGGAAGGCAUUAGACGGGUGAGUCGUGCUGGUUGAAUAUCACAGGGCUUUCAAAACUCUGGCUUUCUAAACUUUUCUGAUGGAAAGUAAUGCUUCGAUGAAUUCGAAGCUUCAAAAUCCCUCCGGGCGACCCCCCGGGGCAUUUGAAAUUGCGAGGAUAGAUUUUUUAAAUACCUGUCACCCGGGGCAAAAAUUGUGCCCAAAUGCCCCGCCUAAUUUAUUCGUAAGAGGCAAAAUCAGUGACCGUGAGUUUCUACACAUGGACCAAACCUGAAAACGUAGACCUUGUAGACCCGCUUUUCUCCUGAGCGAUUCACUCGCACAAGUGAACUAUUUACCCUAAACACCUCGGCAUAUUUGAAGAUAUAACCCUUGUAUUUCGCUGGAAAGAUUUGACACUUUCUAAUCAAUUUCCUCACCCCCACGAGCACGGACAACGGUCGAAUGUCCGUUGGUUGCCUGAGGGUGGGGGGGAGGGAUGUUGAAGAUUCGAAUUGUUCAGCGCAUAAUAGAAUGUCCUCUCUUAUGUUUUGCCGUAUUUAGGCUUUUAAAAUAAACCAGUGAAGCUCUAUCCAAAAAUAAUGCUCGAAGUAUAACGGUCUACCAGGUUACAAAAACACGGAUAUCCUUUCCAUAGCGUAGAGGUAUUAAAGUAAGUUUGAGCACUAUUUCAGUUGUUCUAUAACCUAGGUUUUUCCUUUUCACUUCUCUUUUUCAGAAAAAAUGUUUGGGCUCUGUGUCCUGCUGGCUAUUACAUGGAGGGCAUCUAUAUCAGCGAUCCAACAAAUAUUUACAACAUCGAAGAGUCCAAGUGCUGUCGUCCACAGAAUCAUCCGAACGCUUAUGAUGACUGUUACGAUGAGGAUGUUGGCAUUUCGUUCGACAAGAAAGGUUGGAGCGAAUGUAAACGGGAUGGCUAUUACAUGACUGGAAUCUAUAAAGGCGGUUGUGAGCACGUUUACUGCAUUGAAAAAUUCAAAUGCUGCAGCAUGAAGAAAGGUAUUGCGUUCUAUGUGCUUCAAAAUCUUGACAAUAGUAAAGAGGGAAGUUUAAGACUCUGAGUUAUGCGUUAAGUUUAUCAAAAGGGUACAAGAUUUAACUAAAGAAAGAUGUAAAAUUGAAACUGUAUAAGGAAACAAACCAUUGGAACUCUGAUAGAUAAAAGAACCCAGAAUAUUUCUGCAUUUCAAAUGAAAUGUCAAACCAUUAAGGAGCAAGGCACUGGUUACAAGAUUUGCAAUAAUCGGGCCUCAUUUCACACUCAUAAUUUGCUCUUCAAGAUGAGAGCAGCGAUAAGAUCAUAUUAUGAUAUGAUUGAAUUUAUCAUUCCCAAUGAAAAUAAUCGUAUGUCGAUCAAAAAACUUACUUAUUUUAGAAAUAACUUAUUUAUUUCAGCUGCAGUUAAUGGUGGAUGGUCUGAAUUCGGACCUUUUGGAGAAUGCAGCGCCACUUGUGGAGGUGGAAUCAAGGAGCGCUCACGAACCUGUACCAAUCCCCCUCCGUCAGGAGGUGGAGCCCAAUGUUCAGGGCCAGCUAAGGAAACAAUGGUUUGUAAUGUGGAGCCUUGUAAUGGUAGGUACCUCACAUCCUUUAAAAAAUGACUUCAAAUAUCUUUUCUCAGCGUCUACUAAUCGUACUAUAGACUAUUAUUAUCCAACUGCACAAAUUGAAGUACAAACAACGCUCGAGUGGAGUACAAAUUGUAUAUCUUAUCAGAUGUUUUCGU